GGGGCGGCCUCUUCAGACGUCACGAUGCGUGCGGCUGGGCUGCUGGUGCUGGCGCUCGCUGUGGCAGGCCCUACGGUGUCUGGCCAGCUGGAGGUGCUGGAGGUCGGCAGUCUGAUCCGAACCGCGCUGGGUGUGACCGAAUUCGUCGCCAAGAUCUGGGACAAGACGUUCGCCAAUGAGACGGGUGUGCGCCUGCCGGACUUGGGCGCGCUGGGCGACAUACUGGGUGACACCGAUGCGCAGCUGCUCGACCAGUUCGCCGCGCUCAGUGACCGCAUUGGCACGCUGGAGCAAAGUGUGCGUUCGGUGCAGCGCUCGCUGCGCCACAUUCAGAACAACAUCGCCAACGAGGUCAGCUGGGAGCUGACGAUCGAGACGAUGGAGAACCUGCUGCGCCCCAUCAACAGCAACUACGACCGCUUCCUCUACUACCAACGCCACAACAGCACUGUGGAACGCCACACGCUGGAUAACUUCGCGACGCAUGCGGUCUCGCAUGACCCACAAUCGCUUCAGUCGACCAUGCUGAACCUGUACCACCUGGCCAAGGGGCUGGGCAUGCACGCAACCCCACACACCCGCCAUCAGCGGUACGCCUUCAAGCAGGGCCUGUUCCGCCAGCUGCAGAAGGUGCUCAAGGGAUCUGAGACAAUGAUCUGCGGCCUGAAGCAGUCGCCCCAACAAAUGGCAUACGGCCUUUACGGAACGGUGGCACUGGCCCUGGCCAAGGGGUACUCUAUGAUCCAGUUCUCGUAUAUGCUGCUUCGUCUAUAUGACAAAGGCCUGUUCACGGUGGAGUCGCGCCUCACGUCGGAUACCUACGACCGCAUCUCCUUCGACGUGGCGGCCGAGGCGCAGACGGUCAUCAAGGACCUGUCGAACGUGUAUUGGCGCUGCGACCCCGCUACCCACGUGGAGGGCACAACCUUCGAGCAGGUCACCGAGCUGCUCCAGGGCUACAUGGAGAACGAGGUGGACCUCAACCGCGACGGCACCUGCAACAACAACUGCGCCUACUACAAGCGUGCGAGGCACGAGGGCUGCUACAUGGUUGGUAACGCCACUGCCGCCAACGUCACGGUGCAGCAGAAGCGGAACUUCAUGAUUUGCGGACAUCAGCGCCAGUGCCAGGGGCGCGUGCAUGACUGUCACUUCUACAACGCCGACUCGACCGUGUGCUUCGCUGACGGCAAGGACGGCGCCCACCGCCGCUACGACUGGAUCGAGUUCGAGAACGGCCAGAAGCUGGGCCGCGUCGGCCGCUGCUCCGACUCACGCAAGGUGGACAGCUGGUGGCGCAACCUGUUCUGGCACUGCUCGUACUGCUUCUGCCUGUGUGACGACCCCACCAACUCGGAGCGGUACUUCAGUCUGCAGCCAGUGGUGGCCGACGUCGCCCAGAACAAAGUGUUGACCGGGGUCAGGUUCGUGAAGAAGGACCGAGUCUUCUACAUCCAGAUUGAGCAGGGGACAGCGAACCAGUUUGGCUUCGUCAAUGCUUCUUCCGUGGAAUGGAAGCCAAUCUCCAAGCUUAUUGACAUCGACAGGGACAUCCCCAAUCGCGACUAUCUGAAGCUGAGCUGGGCGAGACGCAGCAUUGACUUGGACGACCUCCGCGCCCCCGAUGGUCACGUGAUCACCGGAGUCACGUUCAGGAAGCUGGGCGAACAUCUCAAUCUGGAAGUCCAGGUGACCCCGAUUGCGGCUCGCACGGCCCAGCUGAGUGUCUCCCGCGCCUACUGGAUCUCCAACGACAACACGCCGUCGGCACUGCGCACCCCGCGCGCUGAGCUGUCGCUGGGCCGCGACCCGGACGUGCCGACGCGGACGGGCGCACCCAGCUGGCCCGACAGCGCGCCCGACACGUUCGUUCAGUUCGGCGCCAGCUCGGCGGCGCGUGACGCGGCGCAGACGACGCUGCCGUUCCUGGACAGCCAACCGGUGGCACCGCGGCCGCCCGUCUGGCUGACGGGCCUCGGCUUGUACCACAAGGGCCGGCCGGGCUACGGGGGCUUCCUGGGCCUGCGCGUCGAGACGGUGGACCUGACGUCUCGCGUGGCCGCCGACUUGGGUGGCGGUGAUGAGCUCUCGCCUGACGGCACCAUCACCUACGAGUCGCACGAGGUUGGGGACGUCAACAUCGUGCUGCAGUGACGGAAGGCUCGACGUGCGGGGAAGGCAAUAUACAAAAACAAAAACGGCCACAACGCGCGAUGCAGGCUCAAGGUCGGGGAGUGUCAAAAUGUGGGGAGGACACGCCGGGCGAGUGCAUUUCACCACAGCGAGCUGAGGGGACGAAAGAGAAAGGGCCCGUUUUGGCCUUAAUUGGGAUGAAAAGAGGAGCUUCUGCCGAAUCCAGAAUUUUCUGCAGAAACGGCGAGUUUUUACCUAUUCAAGUGAAAUGUGUGAAAGCAUACAUUGUGAUGAACUAGGAGCUCAGUGUGGCAAUUUUUUCAGCUGUGCUACACGAGGUGGAAGUAAGACAAUAGUGUGCGAUGUAUCCCAUACAGUGGAAGCUUGACACCUAAUGCGCUCUAAUGCAAUCCACGUCUAAUGCGAUCCUUACGAAGACUGCAGAAGGAUCAGCGAAUCGUGCACAUUUCAGGAGGACGCGGGUGCUCAUUCGAAUUGUAGUAACCGCGCCAGCGAGCAUUGCUUCCGUGCUUGGGUGGACCCAUUAUUAGGCUUUGCGGCUGUAGUAGAGCCGCAAAGUUUGGCUGUUUGCACUUUUGCCUGCUUUUGCGCACUGGUUAAAUCCAUAACAUCGCUUGAUCACCAUGCCAAGGGGCAUUUCACCUGGAAUCCAGUGCUAUGGCCUUCGCUAGUUUCUGAGAUUAAUAGUGGCGUCUGCAAGACCGCUGACAUGUCCUUUUUUAAAUGUUGUUAAGCUGUGACCGCACGAAUCGGGGUAGGUUCUGACAAACUAAGUAUUGUGAUCGUCAUACAUAAUAUAUCGGAACAUAUUGUCA